GCGAUCGGCAGCCCAUCGACACGAGGAGCAACAAGUGGUCGCCCGGAGCGCGCACAAAGGAAGCCCUACGGCCCGUCGCGGAUUGGUCCACGCUCUCUCUCUCGCACAGCAUCCUUCGGGUGGUGGUGGGGCGAGACCGAGCCUAGGGCUCCUCUGCCCGUCAGUGCUCCUGCGGCCUGCGAACGAACACAGUGAUACGGUGUGGCCUGCUGCGAUCCCGCUCUGCUCCGGAGGGUGUCUGACUUGUACGAAACUUCGUGUGCUGGACUGCUGACCGUGAGAGGGUUCUAGAUGCGCGCGUCGCGACGGCCUAGGGUCGGGCUUCGGUGAUGAUGUGUAGUGUCGUGUGGCGUCUGUUGUGUAGGAGCAUGACCCACGGAUAUUUGUUGCAGUUUUUUCUGCUGCUGCUGAUGCUGCUCCAGCGAACGAACGGCUCGGGCAUCUUCGAGCUGCAAGUGCUCGAAAUGGCGAAUCCGCGUAGCGAGCUGUCGAACGGCGAAUGCUGUGGCGGCGGUGCCAGAUCUCCGAUCGCCAACAACAACGCUAACAACAACAACAGGUGUCCGGUGUCGUGCCAGACUUUCUUCCGGUUGUGCCUGAAAGAGUACCAGAGCAACGUGACGAGCACCGGCUCGUGCUCGUUCGGCAACACGUCGAGUCACGUGGUCGGCAGGGACUCGUUCACGCUCGCCGAUCCCGAUAGGGGGCGCGUCGUGUUGCCCUUCACCUUCAGAUGGACGAGGUCGUUCACCCUCAUCCUACAGGCAGUGGACCACAACAAUUUGUCAUCACCUGCCACCAACAACAUAAUAGAAGAAGCCACCUACUCGGGCAUCAUCGACCCCAGUCCCGAAUGGCACACGCUCAACCACCGCGGUCAGAGGGCGCGCUUGACGUACAGGGUGCGCGUCAAAUGCGACGUCCACUACUACAACAGCACGUGCACGAAAUUCUGCCGGCCGCGGGACGACGCUUUCGGCCAUUUUGUUUGUGACGCCAGCGGCGAGAAGCGGUGCAUCGAGGGAUGGAAGGGCGCGACGUGCGAGACAGCUGCCUGUAAAGCUGGAUGCCACCCAAUCCAUGGGAAAUGUGAGAACCCAGGAGAGUGUAUUUGUCGACCUGGUUGGAGAGGAGACUUCUGUGAUCAAUGCGAGCCGUAUCCUGGUUGCAAACAUGGCUACUGCAAUGGUUCUUCGUGGCAGUGCAUCUGUGAUACUAAUUGGGGAGGAAUAUUAUGUGAUCAAGAUUUGAACUAUUGCGGCACCCACGAACCCUGUCUGAACGGCGGCACGUGCGAAAACACAGCGCCGGACAACUACCUGUGCACGUGUCCCGAGGGCUUCUCGGGCGCCAAUUGCGAGGUGGUGGACAACCCGUGCGCCCCAGCGCCCUGCCUCCACGGCGGCACGUGUCUGGAGGCGGGCGGAUCGUUCAGCUGCGUGUGCGGGAACGGCUGGACGGGGCCCACUUGCAAUAUAGAUAUCAACGAAUGUGAUUCAGCUCCAUGUCAAAAUGGAGGUUCCUGCAUCGACCUUGAAAACUCCUUCAGAUGCAACUGUACUGUUGCUUGGGAAGGCAACGUCUGCCAAUUCGACACAGAUGAAUGCCUGAACAACCCAUGCAUCAACGCCGUUUCUUGCACGAAUCUUGUUGGCGAUUAUCACUGCAAGUGUCGCGUGGGAUGGAUGGGCAAGAAUUGCGACCAGAACAUCAACGAUUGCGUCGGGCAGUGUCAACACGGCGCCACCUGUAUAGAUCUAGUCAACGAUUAUCACUGCGCCUGUAUGCCCGGUUAUACGGGGAGGGACUGUCAUACCGAUAUUGACGACUGCGAAUCCAGCCCAUGCAAAAAUGGUGGCGAAUGUGUGGACCAAGUCAACGGUUACCGUUGCAUUUGUCCUGUUGGCAUCACUGGAACCGAAUGCGAGAACGACUAUGACCACUGCAAUCCGGAUCCAUGUCAGAAUUCUGCUCCCUGUUUCAAGACGCAAUCCGAUUACUACUGCCAUUGCCCGGAAGGAUGGCACGGCAAGAAUUGCAGUCAAUCGAGGAUUUCUUGCGAUAAUCCGCCUUGUGAUGACGGUGUGGACAGUUGUGUGAUCGUAUCGGUAGGAGGAAGCAGAGUUUCAGCACCUAGUUUAUGUGGUGAACAUGGUCAUUGCAUCAACCAACCCGGAAUCGGUUACAAAUGUCAAUGUCAGCCGGGAUACACGGGAAAAUACUGCCACGAAAAUAUCAACGACUGUAAGAUCAACCCUUGUGAAAAUGGUGGGACAUGCGUGGACAAGGUGAAUGCCUUUCAAUGCAUCUGUAUCGAGGGUUGGGAAGGAGCUCUGUGCAACAUCAACACUGAUGAUUGUUCUCCGAGUCCAUGCCGAAACAACGGCACCUGCAUCGAUCUGGUGGCGGAUUUCGAGUGCGAGUGCAAGAACGGUUGGAAGGGCAAAAGCUGCUCGUUGAAGGACAGCCAUUGCGAUCACGCGACCUGCAAAAAUGGCGGCACCUGUCAGGAUUUGGGCAGCACGUUCGUGUGUCGGUGUCCGCCUGAUUGGGACGGCACCACUUGUCACAUUGCCAAACAAACAGCCUGCCGGUCCAACCCCUGCCUAAACGGUGGCACCUGCGUCAACACCGGCGACUACUACCAGUGCAUCUGCAGGGACGGCUUCGAGGGCGACCACUGCCAGGACGACGUGAACGACUGCAGCCCGCAGCCCUGCUACAAUGGCGGCAAGUGCAUCGACGGCGUCAACUGGUUCCUGUGCGAGUGCGCGGUGGGCUUCACCGGGCCCGAUUGCCGCAUCAACGUCAACGAUUGCGCGUCGAAUCCUUGUGGUUAUGGGGGUACCUGCAUCGACGACAUUGGCGAUUUCAAGUGUAUUUGCCCGGCUGGGAGGAAAGGGAAGCGGUGUAACGUCGACGAUCUAGCCUACCUACCGUCUGCCGGCAGCUGCCCCUGGAACAGCCGGACGCUGGAAAACAACGUCACGUGGCAGCACGAGUGCAACGCGUGCUCGUGCACUAACGGCGCCGUCAAGUGCACCAGAGUAUGGUGUGGCAUGGGGAAUUGUCGCACGUCCAACCAGCAGAACGCUAUGUGCACCCUGACGCAAGUGUGCGUCCCGACGUCUAUGGAGUCGUGCUUGGCGCCGCCAUGUUUGCCGUACGGGGAGUGCAGGGAUUUGGAGAGCGGAAGGAGGGUGAAACCGCCUCUGGUUCCGGCACCCAGCAGCUGCUGGCCCAACCAAGCGGUGCUGAGCAACACGUGCGCCCGGCUGACCUUGCUGCUCGACAGGGUGAAGCUGCCGCAAGGCAUCACCGUGGAAGGGCUGUGCGGGGACCUGAGGCGGCUGCUGGCUACUCAGCAGGCCGUCGAAGGGCUGCAAGACAAGUUGGUGCUGCUCUGCGAUCUCAAGACCGGCUACAACGAUACCGUCGAGGUCACUUUGUCUGGCGAUCACUGGGUGUUGGACGGCAUCCGGGUGGUAGGCGAAGCCAUAUCGCGCAAGCAAACCACCCUUCUGGCCCUCACCUCCAUAGUCGAGGUCAAAGUGGAGACUGCCCUCGUGUCCGAGGACCAGCGGCAGAGCAACAGGUACCUCAUCGCGCUCGUCUGUUUCGUGAUCGUCGGCGCGUGCGCGGCUGCUGCGGUGGCCGUGCUGUAUUUGCGUCAGCGCAGGAGGAAUUUGGGCCUGAGCGGCGUCAAUUUGUCACCGUCAAGUGACAGCUGUCACAGAAACCACGAGGACGAGAAGUCGAACAAUUUGCAGAACGAGGAGAAUCUCAGGCGGUACGCCAACCCCUUGAAAGACGACGCGGGCAGCCUGGCCAGCAUCAACUCGGCCAUCGACCUGCCGCCCCGCGUCAGUCUAGUCCGCCCCAUCUCCACCGUCCUGCCACUCGACUCCGCCUCCAGCGAGAUGCUCGAGAUGAUCUCGGAGACAGACUGCCCGGGCGUGCGCAAGACGAUGCGUGGCCUGCCCGGCCGCAGCGCGAGUCCCGACGGGGCGGCCAAGAUUUGCGCGAGUCUGGGCGGGGCGGCCAAAUUCAGCGCGAGUCUGGACGGAGCGGCCAAAUUUAGCGCGAGUCUGGACGGGGCGGCCAAAUUGAACGACCAGAUUAUGCUGUUCAAGGCGCAGAACGCGGAUGUGAGGAAGAACACGGCUACUGCGUUCGAGGGGGCGAAGGAUUUCAGCAAGAGUAUUAUCAAUGUGAACAAGCAGAGGACUGCGCAGCAACAGAGUGGGGGCGGUGGGGGUGAUGUGCUUACGGUGCUUGUGUGAGAGGUGAGGGGGUGGUUUUUUUCUUGCUAGGUUGAUUGGCGGUUCUCGGUUUUGUUGUGGGUUUUCGGAGGAGCCGAUUUUCAUGAAGUGAUACGGAUUUUCAUUUGACAUCAGUUUGAAACGAUGAUAUUAUUACGAAAUGCUCGAGUAGCUUCUUCCUACAAUGAAUUUUGUUGGCGUUCUCUGGAAUAUUCGUAGAAAUGACAAAUCGAAUGAUUUGUCACUGU